CAAAGGUAACACUUUCUUCAAGGACAUCCCCUCAGUCCUUGAAACGCCGCCAAGGAAGUCACUCAGGCUAGCUGAUCCAACUUCACCCAGCAGUUCUCUGUGUGGGAAGGAGGACAAUGAGUGACAUGCCUGGUAGGAACUCGAGGACGAAGUCCGACAUGGCGUCUGUAUCUACCGCUGCUCCAGAGCUGGCUCCUCUGCGCGUGAAAAAGAGAAGGAAGAAGAAUACCACGGCUAAACGACUGCGCGCUCGAAAGAUAGCGCGAGCGGCUGCUCGAGCUGCUGCGACUCUCACUGCGGCGACCACGUCGUGCCCUUCAACAUGUCAGGCUGCUCCAGAGGCUGAAGCACUCCCAGAGACUGCGAGAUCGGUGUCUGAAGCUGCGUCAGUGGGUUUGGUGUCUACGCUAGCACCGGCAGAGAUGGCUACAGAGGCUUUUCCAGCUACGUCGAACGUUCUUGCGGAAAGGAAUAAGCAAACGGCGUCACGGGAAUCGGUGCAGCUUGCGCCAGCUUUUAUCGCCGCGCUGGAGGAGGAGGAGGAGAAGCCUCAAGCACACGUGGCCACCCCACCGGCCGAUGUCACUAAAGUGGGGGAAUGUAGUGAUUCUUCCAUUCAUCGUAUUGUAACCACAGAUUUGACACUUUCUGGCCCCGACUAUGUGUCUAGCGACACAAACGAUGGUAGUGACAGCGACACUGAGAUGUACUGGCGCAUUUACGGCAAGUAUUAUGGCAGAUCCAAAUUGACUACCACGUCAAAUUACGUGACAACCAAGGAGACCUGGCAGGUUGCACGGAUUAAUGAUCGGCGUGGUGACUCCCUACUUGACUAUAAAUAUCAAGUCUUGUGGGUUAACCCUCUCGUCAAGAAGCGACGGUACUAUCAGCGGACGUGGGAUCCCCGGGCUCAGCUGCUUGCUGACAACUUCCGGAAAGAGAUCGAGCUGGUGGACAGGUGGAAAGCCUCUGAGGUCCAGACCUUUGCUGAAUUCUGGCCUACCGACGAAUAUGGCAAGAAUGCGAUCGGUGCGGACAUGGAUGGACUCUGCAUUUUCAAUGCGUUGAGACGUGCAGCAGAAUUAACCGGCCGUCCUGAUAUCGUGAUAAAUCAAGACAUUGAAGACUUUGUGGAGCAUCAGAAGAUUUCUCGUGGAGAGGACCUGACGAAGGGGACUUCGGGGAAGAUUGUUCUCGUCUUCUUGCGUCGUUUACGUGAUGAUGGUCGUGACUUCAUUUACAGAACCAUUGCUUUGGACAAUUUCGCGGUUGCAGGUCGACGUGGUGUCCGUGUGCUCAGCGAAAUUAAGCUCAAGAACGGUGUUUACGUUGUGGCGGCUUACAAUCAUCAAAGCAUCGGGCAUGCAUUCGUUCUCACAGUCCACGGCGAGAAACGGCUUAUCUACGAUUUGGAAGAAGGUAAGCCUAUUGAGUCAGCGGAUGACUGGAUUGAUUUCUAUGCUUUUGUUCGUCCUUUCAUUGUCUUUAAGUAGAUGAUAGGAGUUGGUAGGAUUUCCGCGGGUUUGCCUAACCAAUAAUGAACUUUCCCAGCAAAUAA